UAACGAGGCUCCUUCGAGAGAGAGAGAGAGUUACAUACAUACAUAUAUAUAGAUAAAAGACUGAAAGAGGGAUCCGUGGCUUCUCCUCGGCCGAUUCCCGUCCCUCUGCAUCUCAAAUUAACAUCAACGGUGGCGGCGUUGUUUCGCUUUCGUUUUGCGGUCACAGCAGGUCAAUCAGUGGUGUUCCAGGGGCCUGAUUAGCCAAGUUUUUCCGGCAAUGUUGGUGGCGAAGCCUGCCCAACCGCCAGCCUCCUCCGCAGCUGUCUUCUCCCUACGCUCCUCGCUCCUCGCUCUUGCAAUACUAACCCUUAUCUCCUUCACGUACCUCUCUCUCAAAUCCCUCCACUUCCCUUCUCAAUACAGCUCCUCAACUCCUCCUGAGGCUCUCCUUGCCCCUGCUUCCAAGGUGGUGGAAGCGAACGAUGCCGAGGAUUUGUCGGAUGUUUAUCAUUUACCGGGGAUAUUUAGGCUGAACUAUGCAGAGAUGGAGAAGAAAUUUAAGGUGUACAUAUAUCCCGACGGAGACCCCAAUACUUUCUAUCAGACGCCGAGGAAGCUCACCGGCAAGUACGCCAGCGAGGGUUACUUCUUCCAGAAUAUCAGGGAGUCUCGGUUUCGUACAGACGAUCCGUAUCGGGCAGACCUGUUCUUCAUCCCGAUCUCUUGCCACAAGAUGAGAGGCAAGGGUACAUCCUAUGAGAACAUGACCAUAAUUGUCCAAAACUAUGUGGAGAGCUUAAUAUCGAAGUAUCCUUACUGGAAUAGAACGUUAGGUGCAGAUCAUUUUUUUGUUACGUGUCACGAUGUUGGUGUAAGGGCAACUGAAGGUGUUCCAUUUCUUGUAAAGAAUUCAAUUCGAGUUGUGUGUUCCCCAAGCUAUGAUGUGGGAUUUAUUCCACAUAAAGAUGUUGCUCUUCCUCAAGUGCUGCAGCCAUUCGCCCUUCCAGCCGGAGGAAAUGAUAUAGAAAACAGGACAACUUUGGGUUUCUGGGCAGGUCAUAGAAACUCUAAAAUUAGAGUUAUAUUAGCAAGAGAAUGGGAGAAUGAUACAGAACUUGACAUUUCAAACAACAGAAUAAACAGGGCUGCUGGGCCUCUAUUAUAUCAAAAGAGAUUCUACAGGACUAAGUACUGCAUAUGUCCUGGUGGUUCUCAGGUCAACAGUGCUCGAAUAGCUGAUUCGAUCCAUUAUGGAUGCAUUCCUGUAAUACUUUCGAACUUUUACGAUCUUCCAUUCAAUGACAUACUUGAUUGGAGAAAAUUUGCUGUUGUACUCAAAGAGAUUGACGUGUAUCAACUGAAGCAGAAGUUGAAGGAAAUACCUUACACCCAGUUUGUUGCUUUGCACAACAAUUUAGUUAAGGUGCAGAAGCACUUCCAGUGGAAUUCGCCUCCCAUCAAGUAUGAUGCUUUCCACACGGUCAUGUAUGAGCUCUGGCUGCGCCACCGUGUGAUUAAGUACUGAUGAUAUUUUAAAUGCACAUACACUUCUACUUGUAGUUGGCCAUUUACACACUCCACUGCACUGCACGGUUGCCCUUUCGCAACCCUUUAAAGCUUUUGUAUAUUACAACCACCUUCAGGUCCUCAUGAAGAAAAAGAAGAUGGUAGGAUACUUGAGUCAAAUCAAUCACUAAUCCUUUGUUUCUUUCUGCUCAAACUGAAAUUGCCUCACCUUUGUAAGCGUCUCUGGGUUUAAUUUAUUUAUUAAAUUAUAUUUUUGUUUUGUUUU